AUGACCAGACGCAUAGUACGCACGGGCUUUCAGCUGGGAACACUCACUAUAAUCGUACUCAUCAUCGUUCUCUUCCUCGACAACCGAUAUCGAGUAUUGCCUAAUGCGAUUCACAACCAUCUGCCUGCCCACCAUCCAGGCUUCGUCGUCACUGAUAUAACUGUGGUGACAUGCUCCUCCAUCAACCCCUUCAGCCGCUGUAGCCUUGACGGAGAGCAUUGGCACCGCAUAGACAAAGAUCUAUACUUGGGCAAAGGCUUUAUUUCCAAAGCCUAUCUACAUGUGCAGAGGAAACUGGAGGACGACCUCCAACCUCAUGAAGAACUUGUCUUCGACGUCAAAGUCGGCCGAAUCCAGCCCUCAUCGACCGAUGCCACCUCGAAAGACAUUCGAUGGGAGUCACGCCCAUGCGGAGUCUGGAUCAAGAAAUCGUCUAAGAGACAUAUCAAUGAUCCUUCAAAAGUCGUGACAGGAGUCGAUGUCCUAUUCGGUGCCGACGCCGCCGACCCUCGAUCUAACUGGCGAGUUCAGGAUAUCUCCCUAUUCAUCGACGCCACCGGCAACACGCCCGAACCACGACUGACAGUCCGCAAGGGUCCCGCCAUCAAAAUCGACAAACCAGUCCCCCGCAUCCGGAAAGAUGGCAAAUUCAAGAUAAUGCAGGCUGCUGAUUUACAUUUGGCCACCGGCUUUGGAAAAUGCAGACAUGCACUGCCAGAGGGCCAACCAUGCGAGGCGGAUCCGCGCACACUCGAAUUCGUCGAACGACUCCUUGAAGACGAGAAACCGGAUUUCAUCGUCCUCUCCGGGGACCAAGUCAACGGCGACACAGCGCCGGACGCACAAAGCGCCAUCUACAAAUACUCGGAAUUAUUUGCCCGGCAUAAGAUCCCCUACGCGGGCAUCUUCGGCAACCACGACGACGAGGGGAACCUCGACCGCGCGGAAUCCAUGGCCAUCAUGGACGGCCUUCCAUACUCGCUUUCCACCGCCGGUCCGGAAGACGUCGAGGGCGUGGGCAAUUACGUCGUGGAAAUCCUAGGGCGCGGGUCAACGUCGCACUCAGCACUCACUCUCUACUUGCUCGACACACACAGCUACUCGCCCGAGGAGAAGAAAUACCACGGGUAUGAUUGGCUCAAGCAAUCACAAAUUGACUGGUUCAAGUCCACAUCGCAGUCCCUGAAACGCAAGCACAAGGAAUAUACACACAUCCACAUGGACCUGGCGUUCAUCCACAUCCCGCUGCCCGAGUACCGCAAUCCAGACGCACUGACAUGGGUGGGCAACUGGACGGAGCCGCCAACAGCACCGGCGUACAACUCGAACUUCAAGGAUGCGCUGGUGCAGGAGGGCAUCGUGAUGGUGUCGUGCGGCCACGACCACGUCAACGACUACUGCCUGCCCGCCAAUGGCCCGGACAACAAGCCCGCGCUGUGGAUGUGCUACGGCGGCGGUGCGGGUUUUGGCGGAUACGGUGGCUACUACGGCUACCAUCGCCGCAUCCGUUUCUUCGACUUCGACAUGAACGAGGCCCGCAUCUCGACCUGGAAGCGCCUUGAGUGGGGCGACACCCAAAGCAGGAUCGACGAGCAGAUCAUCGUCGACGGCGGACGGGUCAUUGUCGGCAUGUAG